UCAAUAUCAUUAUUUUAUUUUUAGACCAGCAGCUGUACGGUACGGUAAAUGUUUUUUACGGCAGCUCUGUUCACAGUUCGAAAUAUCGACAAACAAAACAUCAUGAUGUCGUUUUCCUCAGGCAAAAACGACCACGGAAGUAGAAACAACCAUAAAGUCACGGCGGAUUCGUACGGGAACAUUGAUGCUAGGGAUUCGGGGAAAGAAUGUUGGAUGAUAAGAAUUCCACCUAAAUUGGCUGCGGCAUGGGAGGAUUGUCCAGAGGGCGCUGUGCUCGGAGAACUCGUUUUUCGAAAGGGGGGCGGGAGAGGAUCGAAUCUGAAGAGAAUUAAACCAGCUUUGGAGGUCAACGUUGACCCUAAUGUAGUGAAUAUCACCGAGGGAAAUAGUGGCGACCCUACUAACCAGCAAGAGCAGCAUAAACAACAGUUGCCGCUACAUUAUUCCUUGCAGGCAAUGACGAAGAAAGUCGCAACAUUGCAUCCUUUCACCCGCCACCCAAACGGUUCUGUAAAAGUUCAUGGUAAAGUCACUCGAACUGCCAAUAUGCAGGUCAUCCAAGACGCUAAAUAUCGCGCGCUAUGCAAGACCCGUAUACUCGCCACUACUGUUCACAAUAGUCGCUAUGUAAAACCAGUGGAUAAAAAUCAGAUCGUGCAACAAUCCAAGAGUAAGAGCGCCAACGCCAACAAAAAUAAGCACAUGGUAACGUCAUCGAACUCCACUGCGAAGCAAGGAUUUGGAGAUGCCGUUCACUCAUACGGGAAGCGGCUGAUGGAAUCACAGCAGCAACAAGCUGCCGCAUACAAGCUUGCUUUGUCGACAGGUGCUGGACGCAAUGGCAAUAAAAAGGUCCGAAGAUUUGGACCUGAUGAAUCUGUCAAGUCUAUUAUUUUUCAGUUGUACGAAGACAAACCUUAUUGGACGUUCAAAGAUCUUAAAGCGGCAUCAGGAGGCCGAAACGAGGCUGAAAUCAAGAAGAUUUUGGGAGAAAUCGCUUUUUAUCAUCGCUCUGGAGAGCAAAAAAACACCUGGGAGCUAAACAAAGAGUACCAGAGUGGAAACCCAAGCGGUACAGUAGAGGGAGACAGGACAGUUUAGUACUAGUAGGUAAUUUCAUAAGUCAACCAGCGUCAUACGUGUAUCCUCGAAUUGAAAUUAACUUGAUCCCUCACUAGCAAGGACCUUCAACCGCCAACAAAAAGGCAAAAGACUGAUGGAUCUGGCAGUGAGGCCAGUAGUCAAAACUUUAACAAGCUCUAAUGAAAAUAAUCAUCUUUUGUCCUUCUACAUAUCAGUCCAGAUAAAGUUGUUGCCACCCAUUGUGUGUCUGAUUCCUUUGGUAGGAGCAAGAGUUCUUCUAUGCACACCAAAUGCACUCAAUUGAGGAGGAAAAAAGCCUUGACUGGAGAUCCAGAAGUGCAAAAGGAAGUAAGACUGCCAAGGGAGGCACAUUGCUUGUUCUUCAUCAAGGGCAAUCUAGGUGCUGGAGAGGAAACAGAACAAGACUACAAGAAUAACAAGGCUGUUGAGGUUUUGGAUCCUUCUUCUAGAAAAUUCAUACCAGGAGCAGCAACACCUACAGAAGCACGAACAAUGACGCUAGGAACAGAGGUAUCACCAUCGACAACAGCAUCAUUGACAUCAAAAUGUGUAGCUAAGAGAGCUUAAGGGUCAUGCAGUCACAGUUGAACCUUCUUCUUGAAGUUGCAAGCAUUCCUCAAGAAGUAGGAGGCAGGAGUAGAAAUGUUCAAAGUUGAGAGAUCAGAGUGGGUGAAAGAAAAGGAGGAAGAGAGAAAGAAUCAAGAGAGAGAGAGAGA